AUGCGUUCCACUACUGUCCUUUCGUCGCUGGCGCUCUGGACGUCGAUCAGUGCCGCGACAUAUGUCUUGGAGGAUGAGUACUCCAUGACCGAUGCGUUCUUUGAUGACUUCACCUUCUACACGGCUACCGAUCCUACCGAUGGCUAUGUCGAUUAUGUCGAUCAGAGCACCGCCUCCAGCGCGGGUCUGAUCUCCGCCACCGAUGGCACCGUCUACAUUGGCGUCGAUAGCACCAAUGUGGCCUCCAGCUCCGGGCGUCAGAGCGUCCGCCUCACCAGCAACAAGGCUUACCUCCAUGGUCUCGUCAUCCUGGACCUGGCGCACAUGCCUGGAGGUGUUUGCGGUACCUGGCCUGCAUUCUGGAUGGUCGGCUCCGACUGGCCCACCGACGGGGAGAUCGACAUCAUCGAGGGUGUCAACACCCAGACAAUGAACCAGAUGACCCUGCACACCUCCGAUGGGUGCAGCAUUGUCGACAGCGGCUUCGCGGGUGAACUCGUCUCGGACAACUGCUACGUGGACGCCUCCGGCCAGUCCAGCAACGAGGGCUGUGCGAUCGAGUCGACGCUGACCGACUCGUACGGCACGGGCUUCAACGCCGCCGGCGGCGGCGUCUACGCCAUGGAAUGGACCAGCAGCGCCAUCAGUGUCUGGUACUUCCCCUCCAGCAGCAUCCCGUCCGACAUCACCGCCGGCAGCCCCGACCCCUCCACCUGGAGCACCCCGCAGGCCAGCUUCGCCGGCGACUGCGACAUCGACUCGCACUUCCUGGCCCAAAAUAUCGUCUUUGACAUCACCUUCUGCGGCGACUGGGCCGGCGACGUCUGGUCCGACUACUCCACCUGCGCCGCCCUCGCCAGCACCUGCGACGACUACGUCGCCAACUACCCCUCCGCCUUCAACGAGACCUACUGGAGCAUCAACUCGCUCAAGGUCUACUCCAGCUCCUCCUCCUCCGCCGCCGCCACCUCCGCCGCCGUCUACGGCUCGGCCGCUCUAUCCUCCUCCGCUGCUGCUGCUGCCGCCACCGUCCCUGCCAACCCCUCCACCUUUGUCUCCGCCCCGAGCGUCACUGCCGCGGCUGCUACCACCACCGCUGCCGCUGCAACAUCGGCGACUGAUCCUGCUUCCCAGGGCCAGGGUCAGGGCCAGGGUCAGGGUCAGGGCUCCCACGGUUUCCAAGGCGAAUUCCACGGUGACUAUUCUGCUGGAUCUCACAUGCCCAGAGACAUUCAGCCUCCCCUGCGCCGGUCUUCCGUGCAGAAGAUGCGGAAGACCCGCCGCGGCUAUGGACAUGGCCACGGUCACGGUCACUUCUAG